GCGCAAACAGGAAAAUCCUGACAUGGAUUCACUAACUGUUACCUAUAUAUCAAAGGGCCAGCGUUCUGUUUUGAACAGACACAUUUAGGGCACAGGUCCAGUUCAUAAGCAUGGAGAAGAAAAUUGACAAUUACGCAAUAGAAAGUGCCCCUUCAUCCCCCCUAGUGGAGAAUAUGGUGGAGCUGGACGGCCGGCAGCAGAGAGUCUACCACAGGGCUGCCAGGAUGAUACAGAGGACAUGGAGGAGACAUGUGGAUACACGCGUGUUCCAGUACUUCAAGAACCUUGUGAGGUUCCGUAACCAGGGAGACCCUCGACUCCUGCUCAAAUACGUCAACCCCAGAGAGGCAGAUAUUCUGGAUGCUGCGGCAGGAGUCCACAUCAGAUUCAGACUGGGAGGGACCACCUUUCCACCGAGCAUCUACUAUAAGAUCUACACCCACCGACCCAUCGUGGACAUGUGUGCCAACAGCCCCAAGGACUACACCCACCCCAGGCAGAAGAGGCCCGUCCCCAGGCAGAUACACAAUGGGAAGCCCCAGGUGCAGGACGACCAUGCUGGCUGGUACCGCCGCGUGGAGAACAACGGCUGGAGACUGCUGUCUGGGAAGGCUGCUCUGUUAGGUGACAUCAUCACGUUGGAGACCAAUGGCAGGAAGGUGGAGUUUCACCAUUCCAAACUGCAGCGUCGUCAGGACGUGGACAGGAGGAAGAAGAGGAGGAAGAUGGAAUGGCUGAAGCAGAUGUAUGACCUUGGCUGUCUGCAUGCGCGUACAGAGUAUAGUGAGACAGCCAUGCUGGUGGAGCGGUCAGCCCAGGGCAUGAUGGACGCCAUGGAGCAGCUGGGACCCAACCACAUCGUAGAGUGGGAGGUGGACGAACUACUGGAGUGGACCAACGCUCUCAACUUUGACGAGUAUAUUAAUGACUGGAGGGAUGUGGGCACCAGUAAUUCCUCUGAGUCUUGUAAAGAUAAGAGGCUGGUACCGUCCAAGCUGGAGCCUUGUGUUGAGUUCACUGUGCUGGGGCAGGAGGACAGCCAGGUGGACACUUACAGCAGUAUCCUCCACCCUUUGGUCUCCAGCCUCAUCAAGUCAGAACACUCCAAGGCCAAUUUCUCUGACUGACUGACUGACUGACUGACUGACUGACUGGCUGGCUGACUGCAUUGAAUCGCUGACCACACCAGAAAAGUACAAUACCGACCAUUAGACACUACUACUAUGACACUAUGCAUUGAGAUUCAAUUUUAAUGUGAUGAGCAAUAAAGCAAAGUGGUGAAUGUAA